AUGGCGAGUCUGCCUCUCUGGCGGGGUCUCGGGGGAUCGUCGGCCCCGGUACUCCUGCUCCUUCUCCUCCUCUCUUUGUUCCCCCUCAGCCGGGAGGAGCUGGGAGGCGGCGGGGACCAGGGCUGGGACCCAGGGGUAGCUGCUGCUACGGGUCCAAGGGCGCAGAUCGGCAGCGGAGCCUUAGCUCUUUGUCCCGAGCCGCCUGGGGCCCGAGAGGAUGGAGGGUCUGGCCUGGGAGUCAGAGAGCCUGUCUUCAUGGGUCUCGGAGGGAGUAGGCAAAGCGCCGGGAGCGGUCGAGGCCCCCCUGAGCAGCCAGACACGGAGCUGGAGGUCCAGGCAUUUGACAGCCGCAAGCCAGAGGCAGGACCGGGACCAGGGUCUCUGUUAUGCUGGCAGCCAGAGGUCUCCUCUUGUGGGUGGACAGGGCCUUUGCGAAGAAGUAGUCUGUCGUCAGAGGCUCUGUCCCCUGGGGACCCGGGUCUGGGGAACAUCUCGCCCCUCCCUUCGGACCUUUUGGCUCAGCCUAGUGGCCCCAAACCAGUGUCCUCUCAGCGUAACGCUAGGAGAAGCAUCCGCAAAAGAGUGGAAACUGCGCGCUGCUGUGGGGAACUGUGUGCUCCAGGACUCAAGGGUCAGAACGAGAGAGCCGCGACGUCCCGAGUGCAGAGGGGACUCCCUCGACGGGACUGUCUUCCCGGGGCUGUGGAAUCAGGAACCGGCCUGGAUUCAGCACCUCGUGCGGCGAGAACAGCUCCUUCGCCGGGUUCAGCACCCCGUCACUCCCGGACAGCUCCCGAGCUGGUGCCCGAGCGCAUGCUCCGUGGCCUCUUCCGCCGCCGCUUCCUCCCGCAGGGCCCCGGGCCGCGCCCCCCGGGGUUCCCGGCCGGCUCUGAAGCCUGGCGAAUAUCCUCAGCAAACCCGGCACGCCCCCGUCGCGCAGCAAACCGCCACCCGCAGUUCCCUCAGUACAACUACCAGACACUGGUGCCCGAGAAUGAGGCGGCGGGCACCUCAGUACUACGCGUGGUGGCGCAGGACCCGGACGCCGGCGAGGCGGGUCGCUUAGUCUACUCGCUGGCGGCGCUCAUGAACAGCCGCUCGCUGGAGCUGUUCAGCAUUGACCCGCACAGCGGUCUCAUCCGCACUGCGGCCGCUUUGGACCGCGAGAGUAUGGAACGCCACUAUCUGCGUGUGACGGCGCAGGACCACGGCUCGCCGCGCCUCUCGGCCACCACCAUGGUAGCUGUGACAGUAGCUGACCGCAAUGACCACGCGCCUGUGUUUGAGCAGUCUCAGUACCGGGAAACACUUCGGGAAAAUGUGGAAGAGGGAUACCCCAUCCUGCAAUUGCGUGCCACGGAUGGGGACGCGCCCCCGAACGCUAACCUGCGCUACCGCUUCGUGGGGUCUUCUGCUGCACGCACGGCCGCUGCCGCUGCCUUCGAGAUUGAUCCGCGCUCUGGCCUCAUCAGUACUAGUGGCCGCGUGGACCGCGAGCACAUGGAGAGCUAUGAGCUGGUUGUGGAGGCCAGCGACCAGGGCCAGGAGCCCGGACCACGCUCUGCCACCGUACGAGUACACAUAACUGUCCUAGAUGAGAACGACAACGCGCCCCAAUUCAGCGAAAAGCGUUAUGUGGCUCAGGUGCGUGAGGACGUGCGCCCCCACACGGUAGUGCUACGCGUCACGGCCACCGACCGGGACAAGGACGCCAAUGGUUUGGUGCACUACAACAUCAUCAGCGGCAAUAGCCGUGGUCAUUUUGCUAUCGACAGCCUCACAGGUGAGAUCCAGGUGGUGGCACCUUUGGAUUUCGAGGCAGAGAGAGAGUAUGUCUUGCGCAUCCGGGCACAGGAUGCAGGCCGGCCACCUUUGUCUAACAACACGGGCCUGGCAAGCAUCCAGGUGGUAGAUAUCAAUGACCAUACUCCUAUCUUUGUCAGCACACCUUUUCAGGUCUCUGUUCUGGAAAACGCACCCCUGGGCCACUCAGUCAUCCACAUUCAGGCAGUGGAUGCAGACCACGGGGAGAAUGCCAGAUUGGAGUAUUCCCUAACUGGUGUGGCACCUGAUACCCCUUUUGUGAUAAAUAGCGCUACUGGCUGGGUCUCUGUGAGUGGUCCACUGGACCGGGAGUCUGUGGAGCAUUACUUCUUUGGUGUGGAAGCCCGAGACCAUGGCUCACCCCCACUUUCUGCCUCAGCCAGUGUCACAGUGACUGUGUUGGAUGUUAAUGAUAAUCGGCCUGAGUUCACUAUGAAAGAGUAUCACCUUCGACUGAAUGAGGAUGCGGCUGUGGGUACCAGUGUGGUCAGCGUGACUGCAGUAGACCGUGAUGCCAACAGUGCCAUCAGCUACCAAAUCACAGGUGGCAACACCCGGAAUCGUUUUGCCAUCAGCACCCAGGGGGGUGUGGGUCUGGUAACACUGGCUCUGCCAUUGGAUUACAAGCAGGAACGCUACUUCAAACUAGUGCUUACUGCAUCUGACCGUGCCCUUCAUGAUCACUGCUACGUGCACAUUAACAUCACGGAUGCCAAUACUCACCGGCCUGUCUUUCAAAGUGCUCACUACUCAGUGAGUGUGAAUGAGGAUCGGCCAGUGGGUAGCACUGUAGUGGUCAUCAGUGCCUCUGAUGAUGAUGUGGGUGAGAAUUCGCGAAUCACGUAUCUUCUAGAGGACAACCUGCCCCAGUUUCGUAUUGAUGCAGAUUCAGGGGCUAUUACACUACAGGCCCCACUGGACUAUGAGGACCAAGUGACCUAUACAUUGGCCAUUACUGCUCGGGACAAUGGUAUCCCACAGAAAGCAGAUACCACUUACGUGGAGGUAAUGGUCAAUGAUGUGAAUGACAAUGCUCCACAGUUUGUGGCCUCCCACUAUACGGGGUUGGUCUCUGAGGAUGCUCCACCUUUCACCAGUGUCCUGCAGAUCUCAGCCACUGAUCGGGAUGCUCAUGCCAAUGGCCGGGUCCAGUACACUUUCCAGAAUGGGGAAGAUGGAGACGGAGAUUUUACUAUUGAGCCCACCUCUGGCAUUGUCCGGACUGUGAGGCGGCUAGACCGGGAAGCAGUGCCAGUGUAUGAGUUGACUGCCUAUGCUGUGGACCGUGGUGUACCACCACUGCGGACUCCAGUCAGUAUCCAGGUGACAGUACAAGAUGUGAAUGACAAUGCACCUGUUUUCCCAGCUGAGGAGUUUGAAGUGCGGGUGAAGGAGAACAGCAUUGUGGGCUCAGUGGUGGCCCAGAUCACUGCAGUGGACCCCGAUGAAGGCCCCAAUGCCCAUAUAAUGUACCAGAUUGUGGAAGGGAACAUCCCUGAGCUGUUCCAAAUGGACAUCUUCUCUGGAGAGCUAACAGCACUCAUUGACCUGGACUAUGAGGCUCGCCAGGAAUAUGUGAUUGUGGUGCAGGCCACAUCUGCUCCUCUGGUCAGCAGGGCCACUGUGCAUGUCCGUCUGGUUGAUCAGAAUGACAACAGUCCCGUGCUCAACAAUUUCCAGAUCCUCUUCAACAACUAUGUAUCCAACCGCUCAGACACCUUCCCCUCAGGAAUCAUUGGGCGCAUCCCAGCUUAUGACCCUGAUGUCUCUGACCACCUCUUCUACUCCUUUGAGCGUGGCAAUGAGCUGCAGCUGCUGGUGGUCAACCAGACAAGUGGGGAGCUGCGACUCAGCCGAAAGCUAGACAACAACCGCCCACUGGUGGCCUCCAUGUUGGUGACUGUCACAGAUGGCCUGCACAGUGUGACAGCGCAGUGUGUGCUACGUGUGGUCAUCAUCACGGAGGAGUUGCUGGCCAACAGCUUGACUGUACGCCUGGAGAAUAUGUGGCAGGAGCGCUUCCUGUCACCACUGCUAGGCCACUUCCUUGAAGGUGUGGCGGCAGUGCUUGCCACGCCUGCUGAGGAUGUCUUCAUCUUCAACAUCCAGAACGACACGGAUGUGGGAGGCACCGUGCUGAACGUGAGCUUCUCAGCACUAGCACCUCGGGGGGCUGGGGCGGGCGCUGCAGGGCCCUGGUUCAGCUCCGAGGAGCUGCAGGAGCAACUGUAUGUGAGCCGUGCUGCACUUGCGGCCCGCUCGCUGCUCGACGUAUUACCCUUCGAUGACAACGUGUGCCUGCGUGAGCCCUGUGAGAACUACAUGAAAUGUGUGUCAGUGCUUCGUUUUGAUUCAUCUGCGCCCUUCCUGGCCUCGGCCUCCACGCUUUUCCGACCCAUCCAGCCCAUCGCUGGCCUGCGCUGCCGCUGCCCUCCUGGCUUCACUGGUGAUUUCUGCGAGACUGAGCUCGAUCUCUGCUACUCAAACCCAUGUCGGAAUGGCGGCGCCUGUGCGCGGCGCGAGGGCGGGUACACUUGCGUCUGCCGCCCGCGCUUUACGG